UCCGCUCCCACCGGAAGUCAGGCGAGCGAAAAAAAUCCAUCAGUUCAGCUUGAAGAGAAAUGGAAUAAAAACAGUGAUUCAUUUAUUCGGUUGCGUUUGUAAGCUAUGGCUCAGACUGAGAAGAAAGCAGGUCUCCUGAGGAGAACAUCCUCCUCGAAGAAGCCGCUGAAGGAGAAAGUGGUGCUGAUGUAUGAUGAGAUAUUUGCAAAGGAAGACCCUACCAAGAACAAUCCUCGCUUCUGGGAUGAGCUGUUUCUGAUGAAGGUCAAUCUGGAGUAUCUGGAGGGGAAGUUGGAGUCUCUGGACGGGGAUGAAGUCAUGAAAAUCAAAGACAACAUCAACAGUUUGUUCCAUCACUGUGUUCAAGCUCUGGCUGAAGAGCACCAGAUCAAAGUAGUCAAUGCGCUUCAGACUCUCUGUGCGCUGUUUCGAGGAGUUCACCAGAAGAACAAAUCCGCCACAGGCUUUGACAUCAUCAACAUGCUGAUGGGCUUCGACAAAGCUGAGCUCCGAAUGAAGGAGCUAAUGGAGAGCCUGGACAGUCUGCUGUGCGGUGAUGGAUCGGAGAGUCUGAAGAGUUUGUGUCUAAAACUACUGCUGUGUCUGGUCACUGUGACAGAUAAUAUUAGUCAGAACACCAUUCUGGAGUAUGUGAUGAUCAACAGUAUAUUUGAGGCCAUUCUACAGAUUCUUUCUGACGUUUCCAGUCGAGCGCAGCAUGGAUAUGAUGCUGUGGUACUAUUAGCUCUGCUGGUCAACUACAGGAAGUAUGAGUCUGUGAAUCCUUACAUUGUGAAACUGUCGAUAGUGGACGACGAGCCGACCCUGGAUGGCAUGGGAAUGGUCAUCCACCACGCACUUACAGAGUACAAUAGGCAGUAUAAAGACAAAGAAGAAGAAAACCAGGGAGGCUUUUUUUCCACCCUUUCCAGCAUGGUGGGCAGUAUGUUUAUCGCUGAUGCAGAUGAGAAGCUGUCAGUACAGACUAAUGAAGCCAUCCUGCUCGCUCUGUAUGAGGCCGUGCAUCUCAACAGAAACUUCAUCACGGUUCUUGCACAGAGCCAUCCGGAGAUUGACAUGGCAACGACCCCGGCUACACCCGUCCCAGCCUCUCCUACGACCCCGCUGGGCACCACACCGCCCUCUCUGGACAUGAUGAAUAAUCCCGAGCUUCCUCUGGACCCAAACUUGCAGACGAGUAAUCUUCUUAUAACCUUCCUCAAAUAUUCCUCCAUCGUAAUGCAGGACACCAAAGAUGAACACCGACUCAACAGUGCCAGGCUGUGCCUCAUCAUUCUGACCUGCAUAGCCGAGGACCAGUACGCCGACGCCUUUCUCCACGAUGAUAACAUGAACUUCAGGGUCAACUUGCACAGAAUGCCCAUGAGACAUCGAAAGAAAGCCGCGGAUAAGAGCAUCCCCUCUCGGCCUUUAGUUUGUGCAGUUCUGGAUCUGAUGGUUGAGUUUAUCAUUACUCAUAUGAUGAAGGAGUUUCCUAUGGAUCUCUACGUGCGCUGCGUUCAGAUAAUUCACAAACUGAUCUGCUACCAGAAGAAGUGCAGAAUUAGGAUGCACUACACGUGGAGAGAGCUCUGGUCAGCUCUCAUUAACCUUCUGAAGUUCCUGCUGUCUAAUGAGACCAUCCUUCUGGUGAAGCACAAUAUCUUCCAGCUGGCUCUUCAGGUGGUGAACCUCUUUAACAUGUUCAUCACGUAUGGAGACACGUUUCUGCCCACGCCCAGCAGUUACGACGAGCUCUAUUAUGAGAUUAUACGCAUGCAUCAGGUGUUUGAGAACCUCUACUGCAUGGUGCUGCGAGUCUCAACCAACGCAGGCCAGUGGAAGGAGCCUGCUAGUAAAGUUACUCACGCUCUCGUCAACGUCAGAGCAAUUAUUAACCACUUCAACCCUAAGAUUGAGUCAUACGCUGCUGUGAACCACAUCUCACAGCUCUCAGAAGACCAGGUAACUGAAUACUUCACAUCAGGUGGACUGUUUUCACAGUCAGUUCGCUCCAUCAGUCUGAACGUGAGGAAGAACGUGUCUCUGAGUACCAUGAGUCAGGACGUCCUGCUGAAGGAGUUCUCCUCGAUAUCCUGAAACAGCGUGCCUUUGACCUUCAUACUGACACAUCUGAGGCUUCUCCACGUUACACCAGACCAUCUAGAACCGGACAGGACUGGAUUUGAUCUUCAGGCUGUAUACUGACGCAGUGUGAGUUUGGUUGCGCUCAGAACUGACUCGUAUUGGCUUCACAAAGCCAUCAGCCCAACUUUGCACAAUGUGAUUUUUGAUUCUGACUACACGGUAUUUUUGGUUCUUGAUUUUUAAAUUUUUUUUUUUUAUUGGCGGUCCAGUGCUGUUUCUGUUGAUUCUAGUGCGUAUUCUUCAUUGCCUUAGUACCAUAACGGAUGAAAACCAAUGUGCUCACACAGAAUUACCGCUGAUUUUCAGUUCUUUUCUACAUUUAGAGUGAAUGCAAACAAAAUAUCCUAUUUGCAUGAACCUGAAAAAGAAAUGUCCGGGUCACAAUUCACCAUAUAUUCGAUAGAAAGAAAAUGAUCAUUUGCAUUAAUCAAAUGAAGCCAUUAAGAUUUACACUCUGACAUAUUUUCAUGACAAACACAUUUUCUCCAAAUUCGCAUUAUUGUAAUGCAAAAAAAAAAGAAGACAAGAUUCUCAUUACCAUAAUGCGGCAAAAAAAAAUCCCAUUCUCAUUACCAUGAUACGCUGAUGAUCAUUUUACGUUUUUUAAUUAAAAACUUCAUAAAUUCAGUUUAACACAUACUACCAUAAUGCAUACUUACAAUUUUAAAUAUGUUUAAUAUAUUACGGUAAUGAGAAUUUGUGAAAUUUGCUUAAUUGACUUCUUAUUACCUUAAUGCGCCAAAAACUCAUUCUCAUUACUGUAAUACAGUAAUAAUAUAUUUUCUGUCAUUUUUGAUUAAAAUCAGCAUUUACAUACAAUUUUGAAUAUUAUAUACAUUUUUGAAUGUUAUGGUAAUGAUAAUUUGGGUGUAAAAUUAUAUCACAAUGCAAGCGAAUAUUAAUAUUCCUAAAACAGGUUUCAUUUUCAUGACAUUUCAGCACAUUUCCUCUCAAAUUCUUAGAGGAAUGUUUAAAAAAUAAUUCUCGUUGUACCAUAAAACAGUAAAGAUAAUUAUCCUGUCCUUUUUUAUUAAAAACAUAAUUCCAGUGUAACACAUAACACUAUAAUGCAUAAUUCAGAUUGUACUUUGGAAUUUAAAUUAUAUAUAUUUAUUACGGUAAUGAGAACUUGAGGAGAGAAUAGAAUUUUCUUGUCAUUAAAAAAUGGAUAGGCUUCAUGUUUAAGCAAAAUAUAAUUUCUUAUUUCUUUAGCUUUUUAAAUGUGACCUGAACAUUUCUUGUCGGUUUUCAUGAGAUUCACCCUUGGGUAUAAGUGCAUUAAUUUGUAAAAAAUCUGACAGUCUCUUCAUUUUCUUCGCUCUCAGUAUUUCCCAGUAUUGCAAGACGUUUCAGUGUGGUAUCAUGAACAGAUAUGAAGCUGCAGUGUAAAAAAGAAACAAUUCAAACAAUGUAUUAAUUUGACACAGCACUGAAGAGAACCCACUGUCUGUGUUGGUCUGAAUUUAGAGCAUUAUAGAAUCCAAACCACUUCUACUACUAAUUAGUCCAAUUUAAACCAACACCUGGAGGAUAACUGAAUAAAACGAACACAUUUCAAAGAAAUUCUUUGUAAAUUCUUUCUGGGUUUGGUUCUAAAUGAGUAUUUGGCUUUCAAUGCCUUAGUAUUCUUAUUUAUUGGUGUUUGUUUCCUUAUUAAAUCUUAUUUUAUACAACAUACACUAUGAUGGCCAGUGUCUUGGUUUGUGUUACAGACUUAAUGUUAACCCUAUAAUCUCAUGGCAAUGCUCUGGCAUUCUUGGUAGUGACUUUUGUCAUGAACAGUUGUUGUCGUCUUAUAAUAAAAAUCUGGUUUAACUUUUU